AUGGGGAGGAUUGGCAAGGAAGUGGCAGGUCAGACCAUAAGCUUCAUAGGCCUGGUUGGGGUGUCAGUGACCUGCGGGGUCCCCAUGUGGAGAGUGACUUCCUUCAUCGGAGCCAACAUCGUGACCGGCCAGAUAGUGUGGGAUGGUCUGUGGAUGAACUGCGUGAUGCAGAGCACAGGACAGAUGCAGUGCAAGCUGAAUGAGUCUGUGAUGAGACUGUCGCCAGAUCUACAGGCCGCCCGAGCUCUGGUCAUCAUCUCCCUCGUCUUCGGCUUCAUCGGCUUCAUCAUCACCUUCAUUGGAGCCAAGUGCACCGGCUGCCUGAAGAAAGAUUCAUCAAAGGCCAAGGUGAUGAUCAUAAGCGGCUGUCUCAUGAUUGUUUCUGCUAUCCUGGUCCUGAUCCCCGUCUGCUGGUCUGCAGCCAUCACCAUCACGGACUUCCAGAGCCCCUUGACGAUCGAGACGCGGAAGAGGGAAAUUGGAGCCUCCAUCUACAUUGGCUGGGCCUCUGCUGCAAUUCUCCUGAUCGGUGGGAUCAUCCUAACCACUUCAUGUCCGCCUCAAAAACCCAUGUAUGGAUACCCAGGCUACCCACCGGCCCCAAUGUACCCUUACUCGGGCCCAGGGGCAAACCCAGCAACGUAUGGCCCUGUGUAUGCUCCCGCAUCUAGCCGACCAUACACAGGGACAGGGACGUAUGUACCCAGUAAACCAUAUGCAGCACCAACCACAUACUCUACUGGACAGUACCUAUAG